AUGGAUGAAUUACUUUCUGCCUCUGAAGGUUCUCAUAGUGCAUCUCAAAAAGUCAAGUUACUUCGAAUAGGAAACAUUGUUUCCUUGUUAUUUUGUUUCGGGGCUAUUAUCGUAGGGUUAUUGGUUCACCCAAACAUAGCGGAAGUUGGCGAAGCAAACCCGUCUUAUCUCACGCUACCAAAUCUUUUUGUUAAUAUAUUUUGGGCCAUUUUAUUUCCACUGCAAUUUGGGUUUGUUUUAUAUGCGCAAUUUAAUGCAUUACACGUGGUACAGGAAGCAGUUUCUCGUGGUAUCAAUUGGUAUUUUAUUGCGAGCAACCUCCUAAUACCAGGUUGGAUAUUGUUUUGGUGUAAAGAGGAAUUUGCUAUCAGCGAAAUAUUUAUAAUCCUUAAUACAAUUGCCAUCACGAAAAUCCAUCGAAAUCUUAUAAUCUAUUAUCCACCAAGCACGAAUUCACAUCUCAAUUCAUUCAAAUUAAUUACUUUUAUUCACACACCCUUCUCAAUGUAUGCUGCAUUAACGUUACUGGAUGUUUUGCACGUUGGAUUUGUUGCAUUCGCCGGUACCGAUAGAGAGUAUCAAAUUCUGGCAUGUAUUGCGGUUUGGGCAUUAGCUAUCGUUGGAAUCGGGUGGACCACUGUCGGAUUGUGGAGUGACGGUAGAAGAGAUAGUGUUUUUGGGAUUUCCAUUGCAUGGAUUUUACUUGGCAUCGCCGUUCAACAACGCAGUGUUCUAUUCCUUUCGAUCCAAGCUAUCACAUUGGCUAUUAUACAGGUGCAUACAGCACAAGAUCGAUACCUGAACGGCGGCCAUUAUUACAAAACAAUCAAGAAUGACUAUAUGAUGGAGAUGAAAACAAUAGAAUUCAUGAGCCUUCUUCAAUCUCUGGGGGUUGGCUCGCUGGGAUCUCGUUACUCAUUGAAUCGUUAA